AUGUCGUCGUCGUUCCAAGUAUGGGGUCUGUCUCUGCUCUAUGGCUCGCAGCUGGCAACCCCGCGGGGCAACGUAAUAGAUUUGGAUGCCUAUUUUGAGAUGGCGGACAGCAGCUCGCAGGAGCGAGUGGUGGGCGGCUACGAUGUGCCCGACGAUGAGUAUGUGCCCUACCAGGUGUCCAUGCAGUUUCUAACGCGCAGCGGCAAAAUGCGGCACUUUUGCGGUGGCUCCUUAAUAGCGCCCAACCGGGUGCUCACCGCGGCGCACUGCGUCAAUGGGCAGAAUGCGAGCCGGAUCAGCGUGGUUGCGGGCAUACGUGAUCUUAAUGACAACACCGGCUUUCGCGCCCUGGUUCAGUCGUACGAGAUGAAUGAGCACUACGAAGAGCUGGUGACCAGCGAUAUAGCCAUACUGAAGAUUGAUCCACCCUUUGAGUUGGAUGGCAAGCGCGUGGGCACCAUCGAUGUAAGCAGCAAUGAGCUGGUUGGAGCUGAUCAGGAAGUGCUGCUUACCGGUUGGGGCUCUGUGUUUCACUUUGGCACCGGACCCUUUGCCAAAUACCCGACCAUACUCCAGAAACUCUCCUACAAGACGCUCGACAAUGCUAAGUGUAAGCAGACGAUGACUCAGCUGACGGAUACGGAGAUUUGUGCGCUGGAACGUUUUGGCAAGGGUGCAUGCAAUGGCGAUUCGGGCGGUCCUUGUAUGGCCAACGGCGAGUCGCUGAAGCAGGUGGGCGUCGUCUCAUAUGGCACUGCCUUCUGCGCCUCAAACAGUCCCGAUGUGUACACUCGCGUCUCCAUGUUUGAUGCUUGGAUUAAAGAGCGCAUGGCCGUGGUGGUAUGGGCCAUGUGGGCGAUGGUGGUCCUGGAGGUCCUGGCGGUCCCGCUGGUCCUUGUGAGCCUGGCGCUCCCGGUGAUCCCGGAGAUCCCGAAGAGCCUGGUAGUCCCGGAGGUCCCUGAGAGCCUGGCGAACCUGGAGAUCCUGGUGAGCCUGGUGUUCCCUGGGAUCCUUGGGAGCCUGGCGGUCCCUGAGAACCUUGUGGACCUGGAGCUCCAGGAAGGCCUUGAGGUCCUUGCGAAUACAUACCUGAGUGUCCUGGAGGACCUGGUGGUCCAGGUGGCCCGGGCGGACAAUUACACUUUGUCGAGGGAUGAGGAUGAUGCGGUGGCGGUGGCGGGCUCGCCUGGGGUACCGGCAUCACCCUUGGGUCCAACUGGACCAGGACUGCCGGGAGUGCCCGGAUUUCCGGGUCUGCCCGGUCUACCUGGACGACUGGGCGGCCCUGGUGGACCCGGCGGGCAAUUACAAUCAAUUCCAGCACGCCGGACCAUCGGCUUUACGCCCACACGAGUCGUGGGCGGCUCGGAUGUGCCGCAUGGCGACUACGUGCCCUACCAGGUCUCGCUACAGUACAGAGUUCGCGACGGACAUGUGCACUUCUGUGGCGGCUCGAUUAUAGCCCCGAACCGCAUACUUACGGCCGCCCACUGUUGCAAGGGACUGAAUGCGAUGCGCAUGUCCGUUGUUGCCGGCAUACGCAAUCUGGACGAUCGAGGCGGAUCACGCUCUCGUGUGCUCUCCUAUGACAUACAUCCCGACUACAGGGAGCUAGUGACCAGCGACAUUGCAGUGCUCAGCAUUGAACCUCCUUUAGUCUAUAACAAUGUCAGCGUGGCGGCCAUUGAGUUUGCCUCGAAAGAGUUUGUGGGCGGCGGCGAGCCAGUUACCCUGACAGGUUGGGGCUUGCGUUUGCCGGUCGCCUUUCCAUUCCUAGAGAGCGACUAUCCAAAUACGCUGCAGCGCAUGAGCUACAGUACGCUUACGAAUCAAGAGUGUCGAGAUAUGGGCAUGGCAGAUGUUUCAGACACCGAGAUUUGUGCCAGAGGAGUCUUCAGGGGCGCCUGUUCGGGUGACUCCGGUGGUCCACUGGUCCGCAACGAUAACGGCUUAAAGCAGGUUGGAGUGGUGUCCUAUGGAUUGGUCGUGUGCGGACUCUUCAUAUCGCCCGAUGUCUACACAAGAGUAUCCACCUUCAGCAACUGGCUUCAGGAUCGCAUAAACUCCUUCGUCGGCUGGUGGUACUUCCUCUGCAGCUGGUUCUACAGCUGGUGCUGGUGGUGGCGCCUCUUCAUCUGGCGGUGGUGCGGCGGUUUCCUCAGUGUGGUGCUGCCUCAGCUGCAGCUGGUUCCGCUGCAGGUUCUUCGGCCCUGGGCACUUCCGGUUCCGGUUCAGGUUCAGGUUCUAGGGCAGCUGGGGCAGCGGGCACUUCCUCGGCAGCAGGUGCAGGUGGAGCCUCUUCAGCGGGAGCUUCCUCUGCAGCGGGCUUCAAUUUAG